AUGGCCAGCUUGCGACAAGAGGCUUUUGCUCAAGAAGCACCUCAACAUCAACUUUCUUCUCAGGAACAAAUCCAGCAGUUUCAAAGCUUUAUGAAUGAAGCCGCAAUGGAACGAGAGGCGACGCAACAAGCCUUCUCAGCCUUUCAACGUGAAUCACAGCAAAAGUUUGAAAUGAUGACACAACAAUUUAAGAAAGGUCGUGCUCAAUACGCUCAUCUAGAUCAUGAGUUGAAACAAGCUCUUAUCAACCUUCCUAAACUGGCUUAUCCGGACAGCGACUUACUUUACCACUUACAUUGUGAUGCUUCUAAUGUGGCUCUCGGUUCUGUGCUGAUCCAGAAUGGCCGCCCAGUUGGGUUUGCAAGCUGUACCCUCUCUCCUGCUGAAAAGAAUUACAGCACGACUGAAAGAGAAUGCUUGAAUGUCGCUUGA